AUGGACUCCCGCUCGCCCUUGAAGACGCUCGACCCCGAGCCCAUUGAGUCGCCCGUGUCCAGUAGAGCUUUCGGCAUCACAUCAUCAGGACCUCUGCCUAUGCGACCGGCCAUGGACCAGCAUCCCGAUCACCACAACGGCAUGGACCUGCCCAGGGCGACGCCGGUUACGCGCGCGGCCGAGUUCAAGGCCAGCGACUUCCCGCCAAGGCCCAACGAGUAUCCCAAGGCCAACGACUACCCCAAGGACAACGGCUAUCCCAAGCCUCACGAGUUCCCCCCGAGGCCGUAUGAGUACCCGGUCAGGCCGAUGCAACAGCUCCAGUCCCCCUACAAGCCCACGAUGCCCCAGCUCGAGCUGGCCGACGUCAAGUCCAACUGCCAGCGCAAUCUCUCCCACCUCAUCUACCUCCAGAACCAGCGGCGCGCAUUUGGCUACUCAUCACAGGUGGAUCUGGAGUGGCAGAUCCGUAGCCAGACCGGCCUCUUGAUCGGCGAGCUGCGGACGCUUCAGGACGAGGUCCGCAGGCUGGUCAAGAACGCCAAGAACCACCGAUGGCGACGAUGGUUGUUUGGAGGAUUCAUCGCGUCGUUUAUUCCUCUUGUGCGCAAGCUGUUCCGCCGAGGCACAGACGUAGAGUCGCGAGCUUCUUCUAACAACACCGAGUACGCAUUCCGCAAAUCAAAGGGCCUCCUCGCGCGAAUCAAGGACUCGGUUCUCGGCCAUCAUCGCCUUGCCAGCGUCGCAUUCUUUGUCUUUUCCGUCAUGUAUGUGUUCCAGAACGAGGUGACUUUACGCGUGGCCAAGACGAUGCAGAAGCGCCUAAAGAAGCUCUCCCAGCGACUCGAGUACGGCAACCAGGAAAUCGACGAAAAGGACCUGAAGCUUCUGGACGGAUGGAGGUGGAGAGUAAUUCUGUGGUGA